AUAAGAAAACAGUGAACGCGUUUCUCGAAGGCUCUUCCACUCGUGCGGCUUCGGUUGAGAUUUACGGUUUCCAAUCCUGUGCAGUCCCCUGCUGGAAAGCCCUCGCCAUUCGCUUUCUCUAGGAGUUUUAAUAGUUUUACGUGGUGGUAUCGUGUUAUUACCGGCCAUAGUACAGGUAAAUAGCCGUCGACGGGACAACUAUUUAGCCAAAAUCUCCCUCAUUUGGCAAUAGAGUACACGAAGCUCGAAGUAAUCGAGAAUCAAAAAGAAAUAAAAGUUUCCGGAUACUGAAGAUCCCAGGCAACCGGAAGCGCAGUAGCAGCAGCAGCAGCAGCAGCGGUAGCACCAAAAGCAGAAGCAGCAUCAGAAGCAACUUUUACAACUUUUUAAUACAUACACAAAAUGAGCUGGCAGGAUUACGUCGACAAUCAGCUUCUCGCUUCGCAGUGCGUUUCGAAGGCAGCCAUCGCCGGUCACGAUGGUGGAGUUUGGGCCAAAUCUGAAGGAUUUGAGGUCUCGAAAGAGGAGGUGGCCAAAAUAGUUCAGGGUUUCGACAAAACCGAACUGCUCACAUCCGGCGGUGUGACACUAGCGGGCCAGCGAUACAUAUAUCUUUCCGGCACUGACCGAGUGAUCCGUGCCAAGCUUGGCAAAACUGGUGUACAUUGUAUGAAGACGCAACAGGCGGUUAUAGUAUCUAUCUACGAGGAACCCGUGCAGCCCCAGCAGGCGGCAUCUAUAGUAGAAAAGCUGGGAGAUUAUCUAAUUACCUGUGGUUAUUAGAAGAAGGAAAAGGCAGACAAAAAGAACAGAACAACAACCCCCUCCCCCCCCCUUUAUAGGCGCGCGGCGAUGGCGCAGGAAAAUCGGAAAUGGUGUGGCGCAGCAGAAGUGUGUGAGUUUUGAUAAGAAGAAGAAAAGGGUGUGAAAGAGAGAGAGCGAGAGAGAGUGAGGAACCUUUAUAGAGAAACAUGGAGUAAUAGAGGAUUGUUGCGUGAAGAUUAGCCCCCCCCCCCUGUGACCCGCGAGUGUGUUGUUGUUGGGAUGCUGUGUCGAGCCAUGUGAACGCGAGUACGCGUGUGUGUGUGUACGUGUGUGUUGGUUGCAGAAAUCCGCAAACCAUUUGUCCUCCGCACCACCACCACCACCACACAUGCCUCCCUGAAGCUCCUGUGCAGGACAGCACCCGGUAGCAGACUCCGAUACAUUCUAGGACUCGGGGGCGGCGAUCGUGCAGGCGGCAAGAUCCAGGCAUGAGGAUAAGUAGUGAGAUCAGUAAGAGAGAGAGAGAGAGAGUAAGAACGUGCAGACAUUAAACAAAAAGAUAAACAAGAUGAACACGAAACACACGGAGAGAAGAAGACGUAAAACAUGUGGAGGAAAUAUACUUUCAUACUGCUUUUUUAUAAUUUAAACACUAGAAACACACUUGAAUAAAGAGAGUCGAAGCGUAUGCAGAGAAGAUACAUUAAAACAAACAAAAAAUGGAUCGAAACAUAUGAACACCCUCCCCCCACCCCGCCCAUUCGUACAACAACUCUUUGGAUUGGAUAAUGGAAUUUGCCGGGUUGGAACUUUGGAGGAACAUCGAAAAACAGGAAAGAACAAACUACUGGGCGCCGCGCGUGUGAUGCUGUUGUACGUGGAUGUGUGUGUGUGUGUGUGUGUGGAGCAGGUGAGACACGAUAGUCAAGUGCAGCAGUAUAUUUGGCUCGCGGAUUAUACGGGAAGCCAGUUUGAUAUCUGCUUGAGAGAUGCUUCUUGCAGUGCGUCUGCUACUCGAUCGUACUACAACCAUCGUCGAAACCGUGUAUAAACCAUGGUGCCGUAAAUGUAUGUCCUACGGGAUUACAGGAGCGGUCCCACUAACAAACAUACUACAUCCAACGUACACCAUGUCACACGACGCGCCCGUUCACCAGUAACUUUGAAUGCAUAUUCAUAUUCCGAUUGAAGUGGGUAAGUUUGCAGAGCAAUUCCCUCACCUCCGUGUUUCGCGAAUCAAAUGUAAACCAACAGAGAAGGAAGCUAAUCGCGCAUUAUCCCAGCAAGGCGCGAAGCAAGCAUUUUUUUUUCAAGAUCAGCGUUCACGAUCUCUCGGGAGUGUGGAAGACGAGAGGAAGGAAGCAUGUGUAAAAGGGGAGGAGAAAAAAGGUAGCAGAAUGGUUUGGAAGUGCACAAUAGAUACGAAAAUAUAAGAAGAAAAAAAAACCGAUCCGGAAGGAGGAGGAGUGUUGAGACAAAAUCGACUACUAAUAACACACAUGCACACAUUCAUAAUUAGGAUGAAAAUACAGUGUUAGAAUACAGGAGAGAAGACUGCGUACAGGGAGAGGACGGACGACGACAAGGACGACGAUGACGCUCUGACGAGGACGAAACAGAUGGACUUUAUCCUGUCGAGAGAGAGAGAGAGAGAGAGAGAGUGACCAUAAAACACUCACCUGCUAGGAAAGAAAAACGCGCAAGAAACGGAACGGAAACUUACUACCUAACUCCUACGAUGAAGGAAGCAGAGAACACGUGCCCCGGACGACAGGAAAAAUGAUACCGAGCGAGCGAGCGAGAGGGAGAGAGAGAGAGAGAGAGAAAGGAAAUAAUAAUAAAAAAAUAUUGAUAAUACUGUGUAAGCUUAACAUUUUGUUUGUUUUUUAUUUUGCCUACAACUGAUGUGUAAAAUGUGGCUAAGCGAAGAAGAAUAAAGGUAAAGGAAAAGCUCUACGAAAAAAGAAAAACGAAAUUCGCUUGCGUUGGUGUGGGUCUCUGCUAUGUCCGAGGAAAGAUAUUGGUGUGUGUGUGAUAAUGAAAAAUUGGGGCGACUUUUUCCACUACGGAUCAUCAAUUGGUCCGGUGUGGAGGUUUGAUCACUUUUCCCUUCCAACACCUUUAUAAGGCUCCGCUUUUUUAAACUCGUAAGUAGUGGUGAGUGACUGUCCCUUAUCUUCUCGAAAAUACUUCCAAUCGGUCAGUGUGUGUGAACGGUCCUUGUCCUCGACAGGGCCGGAGUUCAAAUCCCAUCCGGACCCGCGUGUUCCCGUAGGACUGUUGAUUAUCCAGUUACGGGUAAAUCCAAGUCAAAAAUGGCAGACCUUUAGAGGUUGUAGUCCGAAGGAAGAAGACUAAGAAGAUCUCUUAAUCACCGGACUAGAAAAAGAAAAUUCAGUCCUUUCUUGAUGAUCUUGAUCUCUCCCAAGGAAGGGAGAAAAUCGUGAGUUUGUGUACAUUUUUUUCCUAGGGAGAUUUCUAGUCAUUUCUUCCCGUGGCGAGUGGGAGGGCUGCUGCCGCUGUCCAUGAUGUGUGUGCGCCCAACGCAAAGUGACUUCAAUUCUUCAGGGUGUAGAAAAUAGAAGCAGAAAAAUGGCAAUUCUGCCGAGAAAACGCAUCAAAUGAAAGUAGGAAAGAAAUGCUAGCAAACGAUUAUACAGAGCAAAAAAAACGAGAGCAAGAGAGCGCAAGCCGAAAACAACUCUAACCUCACGCAAAUGGGAGUAAAAGUGUAGAAGAAAAGAAAUAGGGAAAAACAAAAAAAAAAGAUAACAAAAACCUCACAUAUACAGCAGCAACAGGAACGGGAAGAGGAAUGAGAUACUAAAACAUAAAAAAGACUAACACCAUAGUGGGAAAACUUAAAAGGAGAUAAAACGGAAGAAGCCACAUAAAGAUGCAACAAACGCCAAUAGAAAUGUGGUGGCGACAUAAAAGAGAGCAUAAAAUGAAAAAAAACACACACACAAAAUCGAGUGAUAAUAUACUAAACUAACGAAGAAGAAAAAAAAUGGAAAAAUGGCGGCCAUCGAAGCAAAACAUCAAACACAAUUUAACAAAAGAAAAGAA